AUGAAAAAAUUAUUAGCGAUUGAAAGAAAAGUAUAUGAAAUUAUUCCAGAAACUGGUAGUUAUCAAGUGUAUGAUGAUGGAGAUUGGUCUUCAACAGCAACUGGUACAAUAAUACCCUCAAUCAAUAAAGUUUAUGUGACCACGACUUUUAAUAAUCUUUGGGAACUUUCAUUGACAGAUCAUAGCACAAGAAAAAUUAGUUGGGAUGGUUGGGGAACAUGUAAUGCAUUAGUUCCAGUUCCAACAACCGAUGAUGAUAGUAAUUCGAACACUAAAUAUAAUCUAUUUGCAUUUUGUCAUAAACUAUGGCUAAUUGAUGAUCUAAACACAGGACAUUGUGUAGACUUUUUAGGUGGAUACACAAAUGUGUGGACAAGAGUUAAUGCUGCCACAGCUAUUGAUGAUAAGAUUUAUUGCACCACUUCAGCAAAUAAUUUAUGGUGUAUUGAUACAUCACCAUCAAAAGAAGACCCUAAAAAAUUAGGCGGUGGAAGUGAUAAUUGGUCGGUUUGUAAAUCAUUGAUUAAUGUCAAUGGCAUGUUAUUGGCAUUUUGUUAUUGGCUGUGGAAAGUUGAUAAAGAUGAUGGAACAUGUAAACCUUUUUUUGAUGACGAUGACGAAAAUUCCAAGAGAAAUUGGCUAAGCUUUAAAUGCGCUACCGUUAUUGAUAAUAAUGUUUAUAUUGUUUUUGGUAGCCAAUUACUGGAGUUAGAUACUGUUACUAAAAAAAUUAGAGAAGUGAGUAAUGAAAAUUGGAGUAAGACUAAAGCAUUAAUUGCUAUAAUUUGA